CACGAUUUUGUGGAACCAGGACUAAAAAAUACACAAAAUUCAAGUUGGCAGCACAACCAGUAAAUUAGUACACCAGAACUGCUCUUUCCAUAAUAUUCAGUUACGUUUUAGCUGCAGAGGAAAGCAAAGAUGAAUUGGUAUAAUUCUUAUGAAUGUGUUAUCGAAUUGUGGAACGAAUGGGAGCUUCGCGCAAUGAUUUUGCUAAGUCUCUCGCUGCAAAUUUUCCUCAUUGUCACAGGUCAUCAACGAAAGUAUACAGCCGGAAUCUGGUUCGGGAUGUUUGUUUGGCUAGCAUAUUUGUCAGCAGAUUGGUUGGCAACAGUUACAUUGGGUAUUCUUGCUAGUAGCCAGGGGGGUUCAGAAUCCAAAGGUACAACUUCAAAUGCAAGCUUCAUCCCGGCAUUUUGGGCACCGAUGCUCCUUGUACACCUUGGUGGUCCUGACACUAUAACUUCCUAUUCAGUAGAGGACAACGAAAUGUGGUCAAGGCACUUGCUACAACUAUUAACCCAACUUGCGGUGGCCUUUUAUGCAUCGUUUAGGUCAUGGUGGAGCAAGGAUCCGCUCAUAUAUGUAGUCAUUCCCAUCUUUGUUUCUGGAGUUAUCAAAUAUGGAGAGAGGGUUUUGGUCCUCUGUUUAGCAAGCUCCGACCAGUUUAGGGACUCUGUAAACAAAGAAAGAGUGGCUCUACAAGGGCAAAUAGAAAGGUCAUUUCCAGACGAAUACUUCGAUGGCAUGAGCACAGAAUAUAUUGAUGACAUUUUGGGCUUUAAUAGCAUAAUACCUGAGGCCAAAUAUCUCCAUGAAGCUCACUUGCUGUUCCGAACUUCGAAGUUAGUAUUUGCGGAUUACCUUGUUACAUUUCGUACUCAUACGAACAGCUAUCAUAUGUUGAAAAGAAAGAAUGCCGUUGAGGCAUUCAAAUUGAUAGAAGUUGAGGUGGGGUUCCUGUUUGAUUUACUUUUCACCAAGGUGAUGACAACAGUUCGUUGGAGACCACGCAUCAUUCUCCGCUUCAUCAACUUUCUGUCCCCUGUUUCUGCAUUAAUAGCAUUCUCAUCAAUGACCAGAAAGUCCCAUACCUAUUCCAAAAUUGAUAUUAUUAUAUCAUACUUAUUGCUGUUUGGAGCUGUUGUUCUAGAGAUUUACUCGGCCAUUUUGAUGUUUUUCUCUGAUUGGGCUAUGCUUUGGCUUAGCAAGCAAAGGAAGCCACCGGCGGAUUCUUUUUAUCGAGGUAUUUGUUCUUCACGGUUGCUAUCGUUUUUUAGCAAUAACGAAAGGUGGAAAGCAUCUAUGGCCCAAAAUAGGCUAACGGAUUAUCCAAAGACAUCAAGCAAACACAUCCCAAAACUCUUUAGCACUGGUAACAUUCAGAACUGGGAGGUUGUUGUUGAUGAUUUAAAGGAAUUGAUCUUUAAACGUCUCUUAGAUAUGCGUUCAAGAUGCAAUUUCCCAGGUGAUAAAAAUGACAUACUGGAAGAGAGAGGUGAGCAUGCACUCAGAAGUAAGAGAUGCGAUGUAAAAUUGCAACGGUAUCUGGAACAAAUAAACUUUCAUAAUAGCUUGCUAACAUGGCACAUUGCUGUUAAUAAUUGUUUCGACCAGGAUUCUUCGGAUUCAAUUCAUCGUAACAUGAGCAGAUCUUUAUCUCGUUACAUGAUGUAUCUAUGGAAGGACUUGCCGUUGAUGCUACCUAAAGCGUUGGGUGAACCAUUGUACAAGCUAUCCUUUCGCGUGCGGGAUGAUGCUGAGAAGCUCAGCAAAUUAUUGGACUGGCAGCAGGAAAAGGAGAGUUGGUCAGUUGAUGAGAAAUGGGAAUUGAUAAGUGAAGUGUUGGUAGAGAUGCUAACUUAUGUUGCGAGUCAAUGUAAAUGGAAAGAGCAUGCUCGAGCACUUAAAGGAGGAGGAGAGCUACUCACUUUGGUGGCCAUUCUUAUGGCUCAUCUUGGUCUCCAUGGGCAGUGCAUCUAUAACUAAUUAACUAAUGCUAUUAUAUGUACAAAUUUAUGAAUGAUUUUAUGUAAUAAUAUACAAUGAUAGCUUCAUAACUUUCAUAUAACACUUCGAUUUAACCAGACGUGAUGCUUAUGAAGUUUUAGUAUAUUGUUUGUUAAAGAAACAACGAUUGAGCAGGAUUCUGUUCAAAGGAAUCAAAGCUCACAAUAUAAUUAUCUAAGUUAACAUUCGCAAUCCUACAGAAAUUUCUUUGGCUGUGAUAAGGUGUUUGAUGAAAU